AUGAUUCCCACGUAUCUCGAACAACAUCACUGCAAAACUAACCGACGGAAAUUUAUAGACACCGUCGAUAAUCUGCUAUUAGAAGGAGAUGUCUCACACCUUGUCAAGCGUGGUUCUCGCGAGAAAUGCGGGCCUAAAUUAGCUGACAGUGACAACACCAAGCGCAGUGUAGGGUUCAUUCUCUUUGAGCGCAAUGUCACGACCCUGGAUAAACGGAUGGAACUACCUAAGAGAAGCAUGGGUCUCUUUUACGACAAGGAGUUCGUCAGACUUACCGAAAGGGUUGUACCACACGACAGCGCAUCUAGAGCUGAGUAUAUGAGCACCGGCGUUAUGACAACAUUUGCCAGUUUGCCUCAGGAUAAAGUGUAUAGCAAUGGCGGACAAUUGUCGGGCUGCACUACAUUAUAUGUCAUCAGCCGCAAGGGGGUGUAUGCUGUGCACUGGUGGGAAAAUGUAUCCUUCGAUCCGGAUCUGGUGUGGCGGAGGCCACGAACCCAAACAACAGAAGACAUUUUCCAAAAAACGGUCCUCGAUAUGUUGACCAACGGAGGGAGAUACCAUCCCAAACUAGACGCCAGUCUUAUCGAGGACAACUGGAUCAGGGCCUAUCUUUUGCACCCAACGGAGGCUUGGAACGCUGAUGAAGGUGGUCAGCCCUAUACAGCUCAAUGGGAGAUGAUUCGGACCCAUGUCGGCCAAUUGAUACCAACAUUGCAAGAUCAAUCACGCUGGAAGGACAUUCCAUAUGAGGCAUUAGAUGACGAGGACCCACGCCUCAGAAUGCUAAAGGCAACCGCGGGAAGGUAUCUUUUCAAGUACGACCCAGCCCAUAUUAUUGGGAGACGGCAAACAGCACAAUUGGCUAUGUUAUGGUUCGAGGACGACAAGAACAGGUAUCACAAGGAUCAAUGGUGA